AUGGCCAAGACUAAGUGGGUGUGCCUUCUUCUGCUAAGGUUCUUGGCCUUUGCAGCAACCCUUUCAGCAGUCAUUAUGAUGGCAACCAGCCAUGAGAGAGCUACCAUCUUCACAUUGUCAUUUGAAGCAAAAUACACCAAUUCCCCUGCCUUCAAGUACUUUGUGAUUGCAUACUCUGUUAUCACUGUCUAUGGAUUUUGUGUCCUCUUCCUUCCUGCAAAAAGCUUGCUCUGGCAACUAGUGGUAGCCCUGGAUUUGGUGUUCACCAUGUUAAUUGUCUCGAGCCUCUCUGCAGCAUUGGCUAUAGCUCAGGUGGGAAAGAAAGGAAACAGUUAUGCAGGUUGGCUACCAAUAUGUGAUUCAGUUCCCAAAUACUGUGAUGAAGCGACAAGAGCUUUAAUAGCUGGUUUCAUUGCAAUGAUUAUAUACAUAAUUCUUCUUCUGCAUUCCAUUCAUACCAUCAUAGACCCUCUCCUCUUGAGAAAAAAUUGA